GACCCGGAAGUAGCUCGAUCCACGCAGAAUCGUUGCGGAUACGAAGUGAAGACACCCGGUGGACUCGAGCACUACACGAUCUUAGAAGACUGUGUUUUUAUAAAUCAACAACCAUGAGUCUGUUAACCAAGCCUAAGUCCGAGAUGACCCCGGAGGAGCUCCAGAAACGAGAGGAAGAGGAGUUCAACACCGGCCCUCUGUCGGUGCUGACCCAGUCCGUCAAGAACAACACUCAGGUCCUCAUUAACUGUCGCAACAACAAGAAGCUGCUCGGAAGAGUCAAGGCUUUUGACAGGCACUGCAACAUGGUCUUGGAGAAUGUGAAGGAGAUGUGGACGGAAGUUCCCAAGAGCGGGAAGGGAAAGAAGAAGUCUAAGCCUGUGAAUAAGGACCGCUACAUUUCUAAAAUGUUCCUCAGAGGGGACUCUGUCAUCAUCGUGCUGAGGAAUCCUCUGAUCACAGGAAAAUAAACUCUUUGUGUGCGUCCAGCUGGAUCGGUCACAGAGCCCUUUUUUCUUUAUUUUCUUUUUGUUGUUGAAUGGUUUGACGGCAGUGGACUCAAACUAAUCGAAACCUGUUUUGUUGUUUUGUCGUUGGAUCACUAAUGGGUAAGAUACAUAAUGUCAAAAAUGAUGUCCGUCUGUUGUUUUUUUGGAAGAGGGGGCAAUUAGUCACAAGAAUACCUGCUUUUUGCGUUGUCAACUGAAGUCCUCUGCAUUUUUCAUUUUAAUAAUAAAAGUGAUGGAUAGAUUCAA